AUGUUCUUGGACAAUGCAAUCAGCAAGUGUUUUCUCCGCAUUGAAUAUAUCACAUUGGGCCCUUGCGAAGUCCAUGAUGAGGUUGGCUUCAAGUUGGUCAACAUCGUUGAGGGGGCCAUACAUGACACUGAUGGUACAUCACUAGAGAUAUUUAGAUGGAUUGGUUGUCUUUCAUGUGGCAAAGGUGGUUUCAAGGACCAUGUCACUGUUGCUCGUCACAUGAGCCAACCUCACUCUGGCUGCAGUAUGUGGCUGCAGGAUCUGAUAUGCUUGCGCUCCGAGUCUGAUGACUCCCGUAUGGAUGAUGAACCAAAUAUAAAUAUGGAUGAUGGACCAAAUAUUCCCGACACCAAGUCUGGUGGUUUUGGAGAUUGGGAUGAGACAUUUUGA